AGUAGAGGUGGGUACUAUUAAUCAUUACAAAAGCAUUCAAACCCUUAUUAGGAUUAAUCAACUUAUUAGAUGCUUAACCACAUUUCCUCAUAAUUAUUCCUUCCUGUGUCGAUCCAUCCGUCCUAGUACAUUACGAAACAACUAUGGAGUCACAAAAUACAUCAGAGUUUGAUCAUGUCUCCUUACUCCAAUCCUUACAAACUUAUCUUCUCAGUGACUGCGACGAUUUCCCUCUUGAUCUCUUGUGGGAUAACGCCACCCCAGCAGUUAUCCACGAUGAAGAUUAUUUGUCGCAAAUGGUUGAGGACUUGUUGAGUGAUAAUAGCAGCCACGGAGGAGAGGUAAUAAUGUUCGGAACACCGUCGACGACGCAGAGUGUUAGUAAUAAUAGCAGCGACGAAGGAGAGGUUGUCGAAACACCGCCCCGGCAGAGUGUUAAGGCUCCGCCAGUGGAGUGGAGGCGGUACAGAGGAGUGCGGCGUCGACCGUGGGGGACGUUUGCGGCGGAGAUGAGGGAUCCCGCCAAGAAAGGCUCCAGGAUAUGGCUGGGGACGUAUGAGACGCCGGAGGAGGCGGCUGUGGCUUAUGAUCGAGCUGCUUUCAAGCUGCGCGGGUCGAGGGCUCGGGUUAAUUUCCCGCACCUUAUCGGGUCGGGUGCUCCGGAGCCGACACGGGUGACUAAGCGGAGGCAUCAUCAUGCGCCAGCAGCCUUGGUUUCACCUUCAUGGGCACAAACAAAUGUGGUCCGAAAGAGAAUGAAAAUCUGUAGUCCAAAGUGAAAUAUUUGGGUUUUGUUUUAGUUAGUGAUGGAUAGGUGCCGACUGUUACAUUGUCCUCAUUUCGCCACAAACUCUGAAUAUUUUAUGGGGUAAAUUAAAUGCACAUUUUCU